UAGCGGUUUCAAUGCGCUGGGGAGGGGAAACACUGCAACAAAAUAGUGCCCUUUCCUGGUGUUGCAUUGUUUCGCAUGAGCAGCUCAGGCCAGACGUCGGUCUGAUGUACAAGAAGGGAAAAAGCAAGGACAAGGAAAUAUAUGGCGUGCUUCUUCCCCCGCGUCGUGGGUUAGGAUUUCAAUUUGCUCCCCACGAUAUGUCUACUUGAACCCCGCAAGCUUCCUCUUUUCAUUUUGCUUCGAAAGCCUCUUUAAUCGAUCUUAUUCUUUCUUCAUUUUGCAUAUAAUCGGCUUCUAUUACUACAGCAAUGUCAGACGAUCGUGGGCCCCAGAUUGCGGGUGUCGUCAUUGCCCUGUAUGUUGCGUCGGUGAUUACAGGCGGCCUGCGCUUCUACACGCAUGCCGUAAUCACGAAGCGCUUUUAUAUCGAAGAUUAUUUAACCAUGGUUGCUCUGCUUCUUUACACGGUAUACACAGUCUUUGGCAUCAUGGCCGUGGGCUACGGCCUUGGCAAGCACACCGACAUGGUUGAACCCGACCAUCACCCUACAGCCAUCAUGUUCCGGUGGCUCGCUUCCAUCAUCUACAUCUUUAUUUCUGUUCUCACCAAAUGGAUCAUUGGUCUGUUCUUGCUGCACAUUUGCCCGGGAAAGCGAUGGCGUCAAAUCACCAUCUGGGUCAUCAUGGUGUCCGUCAGCGUCUUUACCGGCAUCUACAUUGUCCUCGACAUCAUCAGCUGUCAACCCAUCCGAUUUGAGUGGACACGCCACGCCGAGAACCCGGAGCCGGGGACGUGCCAUGCGCCAAAGUUUGCUACAAUUAGCACCUAUAUUGCUGCUGGACUCAACAUUAUUGCCGACUGGAUUCUGCCAAUUUUACCCGCAACACUCGUCUGGAAGGCCCAGUUAGACAGACGGGUCAAGAUCUCCGUCAUUGUGCUCCUCUGCCUCGGAUCCAUCGCCUCCAUUGCUACCAUUGUCCGCAUUCCCUAUGCCAAGGGCUACCUCAACAACCCGGAUUAUUUGUAUACAUCUACAGAUAUCUGCAUCUGGAGCACCGUAGAAAUCGGAAUAGCCCUGACAGCCGCUUCACUCGCCACACUUAAGCCGCUGCUGCGUAAGAUGAACCUGUUCAACAUGUCCGAGAUCGCCAGCUACGGCGCCAACAGCCAGCGCCAUACUACAGACGGCGGCAACUUUUCCAAGAACCGUGUUUCGCACAUAAGUAACAAAGGUUUGCGCCAAAGUCCCGUCGGCGCACAAGAACCCUGGACCCCAAACACCAUCAAAGAGUUGGUAGAACUAGAAUAUGUUGCGACUGGCGACAGCGCAAGUAACAAGUCGACAGAGAAGCACCCGUGGACGCACGUUUGAAGGAGCCAAUGGCCGGUUCUUUUUUGCCUUUUCAUUUUUACGUGAUUUAUGAGAUAUACCCCCAACAUUAUUUGUUAUUUAUUUUUAUUUUUAACGGCGCAACAUGGUUUACGUCUAGAAACACAGGAUAGCCACCAGGACGGAUCAAUCGGCACAGGAGCGCCUUUCGCAUCUUCCCAUAGAAACAAUAAACCACAC